UCAAGCCUUUCAUACUACUAUAGCUUGAAUUCCAGCUCUCCGGAAAGAGGAGCAUCUCCAUGUAGGAUACAUGGCAAAAGACACCUCAUCAAGGAGCACCAGCAAGGAUUCACCCUAACAUCAGAGCCAAGGCAAUGUCCCUGCGAGCAGACGCAGCCCAGUGUGGAGGGGUGGUGGUGGAGCUUGAGUCUGAUGACAUCAGGGAGGCUCGAGCCAGGAAGGCCAGGAGUACAUCAGGGUCAGCCCUCAUCUACCUCAGGGGCCCUAAAUUCCUGAUCUACGUCAGUGGGGCACUGUCCAUGUGGGGUGACCGUAUGUGGCACUUUGCCAUUUCGGUGUUCCUGAUCGAGCUGUAUGGACGGAACCUGCUGCUGACCGCAAUAUUCGGCUUGGUGGUGGCGGGGUCAGUGCUGCUGUUAGGGGCGUUGAUUGGAGACUGGGUUGACCGCAACCCCAGGAACAAAGUGGCGCACGCAUCCUUGUUGGUUCAGAACAUUUCAGUGACGGUGUGUAGCAUUGUGCUGAUGUUGGUCUUCUUAUAUAAACAGUGGAUUGAGAGCAUUUGGGAUGGCUGGUUAACUGUGGUUUGUUAUACGGUGGUGAUCGUCCUGGCAGAUGUGGCUAACCUAGCAAGCACAGCGCUGACCAUCGCCAUCCAGAGGGACUGGAUUGUGGUUAUCACUGGAUACAACCGGGGGCACCUCGCCGGGAUGAAUGCUACCAUGCGGCGCAUCGAUCAGGUGACCAACAUCCUGGCACCGCUGGCGGUGGGACAGGUCAUGACCCUGGCCUCCAACGUGAUAGGCUGCGGUUUCAUCCUGGGCUGGAACCUGGUCUCCCUCAUCGUGGAGUUUAUCUUCCUGUCCCGGGUCUACCGCAUUGUCCCGGCGCUGUCCGUCAAACCACCUGCGCCCGAGGACGGCCAGGCCUCCCUAGAGAGACCAGCAGAGAGGACGGAGGGACUGGUGGAGAGGAGGGGGUCACAAGUAGAGCAUAGUGAGGUGGUGACAUCAGCCCCGGGCCUCAGUGAUGACGACAUGAGCCUGAACCUCAAGGAGGUCACCAACCUGCCUCUGUGUUUUGGACGCUUCCGCUGGCUGCUGAGCACCUGUAAGGACGGCUGGAGGGCCUACUACCGCCAGGAUGUCUUCCUGGCUGGGAUGGGCCUGGCCUUCCUCUACACAACUGUCCUGGGCUUCGACUGCAUCACCACGGGCUACGCCUACACCCAGGGCAUCAGUGGCUCCCUGCUCAGUCUGCUGAUGGGGGUCUCGGCUAUAACAGGCCUCAUGGGCACCAUCAUGUUCACCAAGCUGAGGAAGGCCUACGGUUUAGUCAACACAGGCAUCAUCUCCAGCUGUCUCCAUCUUUGCUGUCUGCUGCUGUGUGUGUGUUCUGUGUUCGCCCCCGGCAGCCCCAUGGACCUCCGCCUGCUCAGGCCCUUCCUGGACGCCAACUCAACGUUGUCGGCGGCCGGGGGGAUGGUGGAGGGCCAGAGGCAGAAACACACCUACCCGAUGCGGGGUGGCAUUAAUCAGCCGCUGCUGCCCGACCGCUCGUCCAUCCACUGGACCAACAACACGGUGCUGUUUGAGAAUAUGCCAUCAGGCAUGGAGCCAGACUCCUACAUCUCUAUAAUCCUGCUGUUCUUGGGGGUCAUCACAGCACGCAUCGGUCUGUGGUCCUUUGACCUGACCGUGACCCAGCUGCUUCAGGAGAACAUCUGUGAGUCAGAACGUGGUGUGGUCAACGGGGUCCAGAGCUCCAUGAACUACUUGAUGGACCUUCUCCACUUCAUCAUGGUCAUCUCUGCUCCGCAGCCCCAGCACUUUGGCAUCCUGGUCAUCAUCUCUGUACUGUUCAUCACCACAGGACACACAAUGUACUUCCUAUACGCACGCAAAGCCAAGAGGAAACCUGCUGGAUGCCUGGACACGUAGGGAGGCGGUGCGGCUUUCCGCGACAAAGCAUGUGCCCAAAGACUCCACUCUGCCUGCGCCUGCCUGUGAAAUGAAUGUCUCUUCUCUCUUGUUCCCUCUGCGCUCUCAUUGCUAGGCAACAAUACAAUACUGUAACACUCCUUCCCCACCAUCCAGCCAUUCAUUCAUUACAGCACAACACAGCAACUGUCUGUCGUGUCCUCCCCAACCUGGUUGCUAUCUCCCUGCAUGGUCAGGUGUAGUACGGCCAAGUGCUAAGGUACAGUAACAAACUAGAACUCAGGUAAACUAAAGUAAGAUCCACCUUUUCCCUUCUGUACAUAGGUUGAGGUGGUCGCAACAGAUGCGGUGUUGGUCCCCUACCGUGGUAGGUUCUCCCACCUUAGUGUUGGUCCCAUACCGUGGUAGGUUCUCCCACCUUAGUGUUGCUCCCAUACCGUGGUAGGUUCUCCCACCUUAGUGUUGGUCCCCUACCGUGGUAGGUUCUCCCACCUCAGGAAAAGGGCACAGAGGGCAGGCUGAGGCAGCAGCAGCAGAACACGCCUUUCCAGACAUUUUGGAUUACUGCAAGACCUUCAUUAUGGCAGUCUGUUGACCGUCUCAGAGUUGGGAUGGGAAUUGGAUGGAUGGAUGGAUGUAUUUUUCUAACCCUCACACAGUAAAGAACUGGGCCUGGUGAAGCAGGUGACAGUAACAAAAAGAAGAAGAAACGAGACUUAACAACUUUAACAAGUGGCAAACAUGUUACUGCUCCGUCCACUUGGAAAUCCAGGAAGUCCAAAAGGAAAACUAAAGGGAAGUUGGUGUCAGGUUGUGAGAUACUGAACAUUAUAAAGGAGACCCCCUUGAUGGACAGAAGAGAGAGGCUGUAGUGUCUUCUUCUCCUGGUCUGUUUCUCUGUGGAUGAAUCAGGCAGACAUGUGCCUAUUGAUUAACACAUGACAUCAUUAAAAAAAGAUAGAAUUUAAACCGGAUCGCAGGAACAUAUCAUAAGAACAUAAAGAUAGUAAGAAAAAAACAACAUGCAUUGAAAUCAGAGGAAACCAAACGGACCAUAAUUGCUUGUGUACUUAGAUAACUGAAAAUAGCUUCCAAAUUGUAAAUGCUUUCCCUUCACAUAGAAACAGAGUGAUUUAAUGCAGUUUGACAAAUUCAUAGCAAACAGAUUUAGACUUCCUCUUUUAUUUUGUGACCUGUUUUGAGAUCAGUGUUUAGUAGAUUGAUAGGUCUAUAUGAUUCUGGAAUAAGGCAGUGUUGUAUUACACUAGAACACCUACGCAUCCUGUUUCCUUGUUGUUCUCAUGAACUAAAACCUUACCUCAGUACAGUACAAGAAAACCGUGUUUGAAAAACUGACUUGGACAUGUCUCUCAGCUAUGUACAGCCAUCUCCUUUCUGUACAGUGGUAAUCCCAUCAAAGUUGAUCUCGUUGCCAUGCAAACAGCACCACAUCACAAUUUAUUUGUUUUUCUAUCAUAUUUUCCUGUGGCGUAUUGUUCACUUACAUCUAUAAUUUGUUGUCCCUUUCUGUUUCAGACUGUUAUUUAUGAUGACAAUAAACACGGAUUAAGA